GCAGGCGCGCUGCUAGCCCGUCUGCAGCCCCGCGCCGAGCGCCGCGUCUCGGGAGUUGAUGGCAGCACCACUGUGCGGCUGCCCGGCCGAGCGCGGAGCGCAGCCACACGCUGCUGCCCAGGGAGCGCCCAAGAUGUGGGGGGACCGGGGCGGCAGCGGCCGUAGCAGCGCCAGGGACGGGGGCACGCAGCAGCCUCCGCUCGCCCGCCUGUCCUGACCUGCCUCGCUUGCCCCCAAAGAAUGUCAGCCAAGUCCAAGGGGAACCCCUCCUCGUCCUGUCCAGCCGAGGGACCGCCGGCAGCCUCCAAAACCAAGGUGAAGGAACAGAUCAAGAUCAUCGUGGAGGAUCUGGAAUUAGUCCUGGGCGACCUGAAGGACGUGGCCAAGGAACUUAAGGAGGUGGUUGACCAGAUUGACACCCUGACCUCUGACCUACAGCUGGAGGAUGAGAUGACUGACAGCUCCAAAACGGACACGCUGAAUAGUAGCUCAAGUGGCACAACAGCCUCCAGCCUAGAGAAGAUCAAAGUGCAGGCUAAUGCACCGCUUAUUAAACCCCCAGCACACCCAUCUGCUAUCCUCACUGUCCUGAGAAAGCCAAACCCUCCACCACCUCCUCCAAGGUUGACACCUGUGAAGUGUGAAGACCCCAAAAGGGUGGUUCCAACUGCCAAUCCUGUAAAAACCAAUGGCACCCUUCUACGAAAUGGAGGCUUACCAGGUGGACCUAACAAAAUUCCAAAUGGAGAUAUCUGCUGCAUACCCAACAGUAACUUGGACAAGGCUCCAGUCCAGCUUCUGAUGCAUAGACCUGAAAAAGACAGAUGUCCCCAGGCAGGGCCUCGAGAACGAGUUCGGUUUAAUGAAAAAGUACAGUACCAUGGCUAUUGUCCUGACUGUGAUACCCGGUAUAACAUAAAAAACAGGGAGGUCCAUUUACACAGCGAACCUGUCCACCCACCAGGAAAGAUUCCUCACCAAGGCCCUCCCCUCCCUCCUCCAUCCCAUCUCUCUCCUUUCCCACUAGAAAAUGGGGGAAUGGGAAUAAGCCACAGUAACAGCUUCCCCCCUAUCAGACCUGCAACUGUGCCUCCUCCCACUGCACCAAAACCACAGAAGACGAUCUUGAGGAAGUCAACCACUACAACCGUGUGAUGUAUGCCAUUAAAAAAAUUGUUUUUUUAAUUUUCUAUAUUAUAAACAUAAAAUAAGUAAUGAGCACUUUCUACUCAAGCAAUAAAAAGCCCAAAUAUAUUAAUCCUGCAUUCAGCAAAGUGGCAUAAAAAUCACCUGGUAAGUAUGCAGCACAUUGCUUAUAUCCUGGGUAUGCAUUAUUUUAAAUGUUGUAUCAUUAAAAACCUCAGAAUGAUGAAAAAUAUGAAUGAUGCAUUGUUUUUGCAAUUGACCUAUGACAAACUGUGAACCUGCAGAUUUCACCUAUUUUAAUUUAAUAUAAGAGCUGGGAUUUGAUUCAUUUUAUUUAUGCCUAAGUCAUCUAUGCAUUAACAUGUCAUAUUCUUAACUUUGAUCUAAUGCUUUUUACUAGGAAAUUUUAAUACUGAAGGACUAUUUUAUUAUUUUUUUCUAAAGAUGUUUGUCACUAGUUUUUCAUUAUUAAAUGCUGAGGCCAAUACCAAGAAGUUUAUUUUCUAUAUUAUACAAUUAUGAAUUACAUGCUCAGCUAUAUAUGUAAUAAAAUACUUUGGUCUGUGGAAAUACUGUUAAAUCAAUAAACAAUAGUAAAUAAUGACAAAAGCAAAUGUUCCUCAGAAUUAAAA